UCAUUUCCAAUCAUCGCCACCACAUUUCUAGGGCGUUUUAGAGCGAAAGACCUGCCACCAAUUCCUGUAAAUCCAUCCACGAUCCAAUUUUUUCAUAAACUGCUGCUCAACACUCGAUCUAUCUGCAUUCCCCUUCUUCUAUCCAAAUCAUGUUCACGAUUUGCUCCAUCUCCAUGACCGUUUGAGAUGUUCCAACCUUCAUUCGCAAUGGAAAAUGGUCAUAAUAUGUCAACCGUCGAUAAUUUACAAAUGAUCCCAUUUGACGAUAAUGACCCUGAAGUGAUAGCUCGCCGUAUAAAGAAUAGAGAAAGACAACGCAGGUAUAGGGCUAGGAAGCGCCAAGAAGCGGAUUCAAAAAGAGCAAGCAUGAUCAAUCACCAAGUCAAUAAUACUCCAGUGAACAUCUUAACCGAUGUCUACAGUCAACAAGUUGAGCAGACCCAAGUCAAUGAGACGCCUGCGAACAUUGUAACUCCUGUGUGCAAACAAGUUGACCAAACCCAAAGCAGUGAUACUCCUGUGAACAUUGUGACCCGUGUUUACAGUCAAAGAAACUGGAAAAAAGACGCAAGGACGGCACAUUUGCUUAAACAACAGAAGCUACAACAACAAAACGUUGCGAGUUCUACAUGUGCAACUGCAAGUACAGAUCUUGGACUUUCUGGAAUUCAAUCAAAUGUAAUUGUGGACACUAGAGAACACUCGAGUACCCCAAGUGGCAGGAACUGGAAAGCUGAAGCAAGAAACAAAAGAUAUUGAUUUUUUUUUUUUUUUUUUUUUUUUUGCUUUAUUAGUCGAAUUCGGAAAGAAAACUGUUGAUUUCAACUACGGAGGUGGGUUUGUUUUUUGUUGUCACAAAUAUCAGAUGAAAAUUGGGUUUUGGUUAACUUUUUGAUG